GCAACAGAUGCAGUGUUGGCAACCGCGACAACAACAUGACUGCGCUUGGAAGAUGAUAGGCUUAUAAUUCUGUUGUUGCCUACACACUGGGAGGAUUUGACAGCCUACAUUACGUGCUUGUCUGAUUCUAGUUGAUAUUCGGAGUAAAUUAGUCUUGUUGAGUCCACAUCCAACUUCUGCAAGUAUUUUUGCUCAAGGUGUACCAUAAUAAAUAAGGUACUACUAGUAAAUAACCCUAUCCUCUACAAUGAGGAUAAGAAGAGUUGUGAAGACGGUGUUGAGUGUGGAGCAGGUAGAAGGUGUGGGAGCCCAUGUCCGCAGAAGCAUAGGAAGAAAGGAGCUGAUGAACCUGGAUCCUUUCUUGAUGUUGGAUGAGUUCAAAGUCAAAAAGCCAUCAGGCUUCCCUGAUCACCCCCACAGAGGCUUUGAGACCGUGACCUACGUUUUGAAAGGCGUUUCAGCUCAUGAGGAUUUCUGUGGUCACUCUGGACUACUGAAACCAGGGGAUUUACAGGUAGGGAAACACCUUGUGACACUCACAGUACAGUCUGUAGGUUCCUACUCUUCACCAGACUCCCACCAGAACCAAACUAUAAAUGUCUUGUCCUUUUUUUUUGUCCAGUCAAAAAUCUUCACCAGGACUCCAACGCUGUAUCUGGACUUGAAGCUGGAUGGAGGAGCCAAGCAUGUACAACCAGUUCCUUCAGGAUGGACCUCGUUUAUCUACACACUGGCAGGAUCUGUCUGUGUUGGUCCAGAUGCAGAGCAACGGAAAGUGGAGCCACAUCACACCAUCGUGUUUGAUGAUGGAGACUGCAUAGCCGUAGAAAACAAGACAUCAGAGGUUUGCCAUUUUGUCUUGAUUGCGGGACAGCCGAUCAAUGAACCGGUGGUCCAACAUGGUCCGUUUGUGAUGAACACGGAAGAGGAGAUCAACCAGGCAGUCAGAGACUACAGGACAGGGACCAAUGGGUUCGAGAGGGCUACGGCUUGGAGGUCUAAGAUCAGGGAAUCCUUCUAAGAAUCCGCAGACAUCUUCUAAUCAUUUUAUAGGUCUUGUCUUGUUACGGUCAUGUGACCAAAGUGUAUUUUAAUCAUGAACCAGCUUGAUGUGUGUUUGUCUCUUUUUAAAUCAUUAAAGUUCUCAUUUUAUACUGA